GCUGGAACGCCUUGCGACCGGGGGACGAGCUCGUCGUUCAGUGGGCAGGCCCUGGCGUCCACGUGCAGGUGCCCAUCGACCUCCCAGCGGACUUGAAACAGCAAGAGACACUCGAAAAAGCACGCACAAAGGAGCACGGCAUAAGGGUCGAACUUGGGACACAGCUUAUCUGAUGUAAGUAUUAUUGGGACAGAAAAAAUGCUAGGAAGUACCAUUCUUGCCACAUGUGAUCACGCAGAGUACUUGUUCUGGCAUGCAGAUGCAUUAGAUGCUUGGUCGUGGUGGUAAAACUACUUACUUGAAUACCUGCCCUUGUAGCAUACAAGUUACAUAUAUCGGUCUGUUCAAAACUUAAAAAGUGGCAUACAAAGAUUAAUUUGGGAAGGGGCGCCAAAUAAUGCGUCACGUCAGAACAACUCGAGGCAUUUUGCCGCGCACAAUCAUUCAAGGUCAGCAUGAUUAAGGCACACUGACUCCUCAGGUACUAGGCAUGACGCCGAAAGCUUCUUUCUCUGACCCUACCGCAUUUACACGCAAUUCGGCUGGUGAAGGCUCGAUCCUCUAUCGCGAUGCCGAUGCGAUGCCGAG